AUGCCGCCAGAUUGGCUAUACGCAGUAUUCCUGACCGUGUUGUUCGCGGCAUGGGGCACCGCGAUGCAACUUGACCUGCAAGAUGAGAAAUCCAUCAAGGGCGCAGCCGCCACCGCGGCCUACAACAUGAUGAGCUAUUACCAUGGAAACGAGUCGGGCCAGACCCCCGGCAAGCUCCCCGAUACAUGGUGGGAAGGCGGUGCAAUGUUUAUGACCCUGAUUCAAUACUGGUUCUGGACUGGCGACACCUCCUACAACGAGGUGACCACGCAAGGAAUGCUCUGGCAGAAAGGGCAGGACGACUACUUCCCGGCCAACUACAGUAACUAUCUUGGAAACGAUGAUCAGGUCUUCUGGGGACUGGCCGCCAUGACCGCGGCCGAGUUGAACUUUCCCGAGAAGGAUGGCCAGUCGUCGUGGUUGUCGCUGGCACAAGGGGUUUUCAACACUCAGGUCCCGCGCUGGGAUAACUCCAGUUGCGAUGGGGGUCUCCGAUGGCAGAUUUGGCCGUACCAGGCUGGGUAUACAACAAAGAACGCGAUCUCGAAUGGCGGUCUCUUCCAGCUAGCCGCUCGUCUGGGUCGCUACACCAAGAAUCAAACGUAUAUUGACUGGGCGGAGAAGAUCUGGGAUUGGAGUGCCACUACGCCGCUGCUGAAGACAACCGACUGGAACAUUGCCGAUACGACGACCGUGGAGGCCAAUUGCCAGGAUCAUGGGGAUCUGCAGUGGACGUACAAUUACGGGACUUACCUGAGCGGAGCUGCAUACAUGUACAACUUGACCGAUGGUGAUGCAAAAUGGAAAGAAGCCGUCGAUGGCUUGCUGGGUACCACCAUAGCCAAGUUCUUCCCCCAUGAGUACGGUGGCGACAUCAUGUCAGAGAUUUCCUGCGAGCAGAGCAUGACGUGCGAUCGUAACCAAGACUGCUUCAAAGGCUUUCUGUCAUCUUGGUUAACCUUCACGACUACCAUUGCUCCUUUCACAGAGGACCAGAUCCUCCCGAAGAUCCAAGCCUCAGCCCAAGCCGCAGCACAGCAGUGCUCUGGUGGUGACUCCAAAACUGACUGUGGACGGAGUUGGUACAAGCAAGGCACAUGGGAUGGCUCCAAAUCACUGGAGUCGGACAUGAGUGCGCUGAGUGUUCUUUCGUCCACCAUGGUUGCUCACAAGAAAGAGCACCAGGUACCGUUAACGGCGGAGACCGGUGGCACCAGCAAGAGUAAUCCCAAUGCAGGCUCGGGCCAUAAGGAUCAGCAGAUAGGGACACCGAAGCCGAUCACGACCGGUGAUCGGGCUGGCGCAUCGAUCAUCACAUUCUUCUUCGCGUGUGGCUGGGUGGCCUCAGUGAGCUGGAUGGUGUAUGGUGGAUAG